AUGUCUGUCCAGCUGCACGUGCUACUGACCCUCUGCAUGACCUUCACACAGGGUAGUUGUAUGUAUCCUAACCACCACUGGGGGGAAUGGAACGACUCACAGCUUCUGCCAACAAUUCAGAAGCUGAUGAAAGGAUACAACCGCUACCUCAGACCUAAUUUCAAUGAGGGCCCUGUGGAAAUUGGAAUGAGUCUUGACAUCGCCAGCAUUGAUGCCAUCUCAGAAAUCAAUAUGGACUACACUGCAACUAUCUUCCUCCGUCAGCGGUGGCGUGAUUCCCGGUUGGUGUUCCCGGGCAAUGAGAGUGUCAGCGUGGACGGACGCCUUGUGUCACUGCUCUGGAUCCCUGACACCUUCAUCCCCGACUCCAAGCGUUCCUUCUUGCAUGAUGUCACGGUGGAAAACCGCCUCAUCCGCAUCUUCAGCAAUGGAACCGUUCUCUACGCCCUCCGCAUCACAGCUACGAUUGCCUGCAACAUGGACCUAACUAAGUACCCCAUGGACAGACAAGUGUGCACCCUGCAGCUGGAGAGCUGGGGCUACAACCUGCAGGACGUGGUGUUCUACUGGACCAGAGGGAAUGACUCAGUGAAAGGUCUAGACACACUGCGGUUGGCCCAGUACAGUGUAGAGAGCUAUUACACCUCAGUGUCAGAGGCUGUGUAUGAGACAGGACAAUACCCCAAGCUGGUGUUGCAUUUUGCACUGCGCAGAAAUGUGUUGUUCUUUAUCUUGGAGACGUAUGUUCCCUCCAUUCUGCUGGUGGUUCUCUCCUGGGUCUCUUUCUGGAUCAGCCAAUCCUCUGUCCCCGCUAGGACCUGUAUUGGCGUGACAACAGUCCUGACAAUGACAACACUGAUGAUGGGCGCCCGCACUUCCCUGCCAAACGCCAACUGCUUCAUCAAGGCCAUAGACGUUUACCUGGGAAUCUGCUUCACCUUCAUCUUUGGUGCACUGCUGGAGUAUGCCUGUGCCCACUUCUGUACCAUGCAGCACCACACCUUAGAGGAUUUUCACAGGGAUCUCCUGAGGGAGUUCAAUGAAUCCAAUGGAAAUGGUUCUAUCCCCAUCGCCAGCUCCACCCAACCAAACCAGUCUGUGGAGAUUGGCUCCACUGCAGAGGAGCCCACAGAGCAGUCAGCGAAUAGUGACACUCGGAACAAUGAUGGAACGAAAGAGAAGACGCCUGGGCAGGGCUGCGGCCUGUCUUCAGUGAAGGAUGCGUCGCGUAGGGCAGCAUCCGUCUUCCAUGUGGAAAAUCCACACAACAUUGAUCGCCACGCUCGCACUGUUUUCCCCACUGCGUUCCUUUUCGUUAAUAUCCUCUACUGGCUUUAUUACCUCUUUCUCUGA